AUGGACGUUCCACCAAUGGCGCAGCAGACCACCGAAGCCGAUCGCCCAGGCGCGGAGAUCUACACAGGCGACGACUUCUUCCGCCGGAAGGUCGUCGAGCUCCUCGAGGAGCUCAACCUACCCAGGGGCCCCUCCCCAUAGAGAACGUCGAGGAGAUCGGCAUCAACCGCCAGACCGCUUUGUGUGGCUCCACCGGAAGAAGGCCCUCAUCUACACCCACCUUCCGCAAGGCCGCCCGCCUCGUUUCGUGCGGCGCCGAGGGCGCGGGCUUCGUGGAGGACAGCCGCAUGCGGCGGGUGAUGGGGUGA